AUGCAGCAGCUCUAUGUCGACCUUGCCCCCUGUCUUGCCAAGGAUGAAUGCUAUCCUUGCGUCAUAUUCCCAAGUGAUGCCCGGUUAAGCUGUGUAAAAUCAUCCAUCUAUCAAUUGUUAUAUUCGUCAUCGUCUGUUUACAAAAGUGAUGUCCAGCUGCUUGUUGACGUCCGGAAACUCGAUGACGAUUUAGAGGCGUGGCGUCAGGCAAUUCCCCAUAAAUAUCGGCCGGGUCAUUCUGCCCAGGAUCCGAAAGAUGGCAAUAAUGGUGAAAGAGACGCGCGUGUGCUAUUGAUUCGCCUCGAAUAUGAAUUUUGUCUGGCUUUGAUCCACAAGGCCACCAGUCGCUGCGUAGUGGGCACGACGAGCGAAAUUGAGAAAUUACCUGGCCUCAGCUCAAGUCACGCACUGGCUGUGCAAGCCACUAUCACCACAAUAUUUUGCAAUAUCCUGCAGAACCCUCACGAUGUCUCGGUUGAAUGGGACCUGGCAUUAUUACAGGCUAUCCCCGCGCUUACAUACGCUUUUCAACCUCGCCAUUUAACAUCAGAGGCAGCCCAUCACGCCAGACAAUUGAAUGACUAUGCGUAUGAGCUGAGUCGCAUCGCUCAGUGUGCAGUUCGAAAGGCCAAGAAAAAUGAUAUCUCCUAA